UGUUGUAAGUGGUGGAGAAAUUACUUUGUCGGUUGUGGUCCGGUUUGGGAUAUUACGCACAGUUCCACAUACAAAGAUGCUAAAAAAGUUUGGACUCGUCGGUCUCGGAGGCGGUUAGGUUUUCUGCGAGCUGAGCAACUUUGCCGGGCAACUUAAUGGGACGACGAAAACAACAUCUGCGACGCCGCACAAGGUGUGGCUAGUAGAAUAGCUCGAGGUAGAGGAUUGCUCCCCCUCACCCCCUUCCCUUGGUGCCCUUUUGCCGGAGAGCAGAUUCUUUGUUUUGUACAUAUAUAUAAAAAAAGAAAUUCUGCACAAAAGCAACCCGCCCACUUGUGAAUUCAUGAUCACAUGACCGUGGAUAUGGACGCAGUCCUGUCCGACUUUGUCCGUUCCACUGGAGCUGAACCGGGACUGGCCAGAGAUCUGCUAGAGGGAAAGAACUGGGAUUUCACUGCUGCACUCAGUGACUUCGAGCAGCUGCGGCAGGUGCAUGCUGGGAACCUGGCGUAUUCGAUCACAGAGGAGAGAGCGUAUCUGCCUUCCGAAAGGGAGAUGGCGAGAGUCGGUCGACCUAUACUCCACCGACAAGAUGAGGUGGUGCAAGCCACAGAGAAGCGCCUGUCCAGGGGUAUUUCCCAUGCCAGCUCAACCAUUGUGUCCCUGGCCCGUUCUCACGUCUCCAGCACUGGUGGCAGCAGCUGCGAGCCACUUCUGGACACGCCCCUGUGCACUUUCCAACUACCAGACCUCACCGUGUACCAGGAUGACUUUCGUGGCUUCAUCGAGAGGGAUCUCAUAGAGCAGUCGAUGAUGGUGGCCUUGGAGCAUGCGGGUCGGCUGAAUUGGUGGACAAAAGUCGUUCCGAACUGUCAGAGUCUGCUGCCCCUGGCAACGAGCGGAGAUGGAAAUUGCCUGUUACAUGCAGCCUCGCUUGGCAUGUGGGGGUUUCAUGACCGGGACUUGAUGCUUCGCAAGUCCCUGUAUUCGCUGAUGGAUCACGGGCUGGAGAGAGAGGCACUGAAGCGCCGGUGGAGGUGGCAGCAGACCCAGCAGAACAAAGAGUCUGGUCUGGUGUACACAGAGGAGGAGUGGCAGAAGGAGUGGAAUGAGCUGUUGAAGUUAGCCUCCAGUGAGCCGAGAAUACACUACAGCACCAACUGCACCAAUGGGGCGGAGUCUUCGGAUGAACCGGUUUAUGAGAGUCUGGAGGAGUUUCACGUCUUUGUCCUGGCUCACGUUCUCAGACGACCCAUAGUGGUGGUGGCUGACACGAUGCUGCGGGACUCUGGAGGAGAAGCCUUCGCUCCCAUCCCGUUCGGAGGCAUAUACCUGCCGCUGGAAGUUCCAGCUGCCAAGUGCCAUCGCUCGCCGCUGGUCCUGGCCUACGACCAGGCGCACUUCUCUGCGCUGGUCUCUAUGGAGCAGAAGGACAGCUCCAAAGAACAAGCAGUUGUGAUCCCUCUCACGGACUCGGAGCACAAAAUGCUGCCUCUGCACUUUGCAGUGGAUCCUGGUAAAGACUGGGAGUGGGGCAAGGAUGACUCAGACAACGUGAUGCUGGCAAGUGUGGCUCUUUCUUUGGAGGCCAAGCUCCAGAUGUUGCACAGCUACAUGACAGUCUCCUGGCUGCCGCUGCCCUGCGAGCAAGCCCCUCUGGCCCAGCCCGAGUCUCCCACAGCAUCAGCAGGAGAGGACACACGGACGCCUCCUGACUCAGGAGAGUCGGACAAAGAGUCAGUCAGCAGCAGCUCCAAUGGCAACGGCGACACAGCCACAGGAUCAACGGUAUAUGUGGGCGGCUCGUUGGCCAAGAACAGCUCCUCGUCCUCAUCGAGCUCCUCCAGCAGUGGUUCAGGAACGGCAGGGAAGGACAAAACCAAGAAGGAGAAGGACAAGGAUAAAGACAAGAAGAGGGCCGACUCUGUGGCCAAUAAGCUCGGCAGUUUUGGCAAGAGCCUGGGCAGCAAGCUGAAAAAGAACGUGGGUGGACUGAUGACGGGAAAGAACGCUGGAGCUGGAGGUGCCAAGCAGGACGGUGGGGAGAAGAAGAAGGGCUCGUUUAGGGGGAGAAAGGGCAGCAAGGACAGCUCGCCUUCAGCCCACGCCUCAGAGGAUUCUGGGAAAGGCUCCCCCUCCUCAGGUAGCGAGCGCCUCAACGGAACGGGGAGCAGCAUGAGCAGCAGCGGUGGGAGCAGUAUUGAGAACGAGACAUACAAGUACAGUGCAGAUGUCAAGGUCAGCCUGGGCAUCCUGCGAACCGCAAUGCAGGGCGAGAGGAAGUUCAUCUUCAGCGGCCUCCUCACCACCAGCAACAGGCAGCCCUUCCAGGAGGAGAUGAUCCAGCGCUACCUUACCGAUGCGGAGGAGCGCUUUCGGGCCGAACAAGAGCAACAGCGUCGUGACACGGAGAGGAAGGGCCUCACUAAUGGCACCCAGCCACCCAAGAAGGAGGCGGUCUCUAUUGCGGAGCUGAGUUACCGGCAUUAUGAGGCCAAAGAGGAGCUGUCGGAGAACCCGUCUCCUUCCUUCAACCCGCUCAAACCCUCUCCGUUGAGCCCCUCUAUGUACUCUGGGGUAGUUCCCAUCCCCCGGCCCUCCUUCAUAGAUCCCACUCCUGCUGCACCGCCCCUCAACCAGCAUCUUCACAUGCAUGGCUACAUGGAUAGUCGGCGUCAGCUAGCUGGCGGCUCCCCGGUAUCUUCCUACCCUGGCCUCCCCUCGUAUGCCACGCUACCGCGGCACUGCCCCACGACGCAGGGACCCUCACACCCACAGUACAAUAUCUCACAAGGCCCCUCCUCCCUGAGUCCCUCUCGCCUUGCGCCCUCAUACCCCCCGGAGUUAAUCCCACCAGACUAUCCCAUGUCCGAGCCUGCUGGUGGGAGCUACACCAACGGAUUCCGGGACAUGCGCUCCACCCUAGACUCUCGGAGUGGGCAACUGCCCGUCAGACACUACUCGCUGGGCAGCGCCGGGGGUUUGGCCGGACUGCAGUCCAGCCGCUGUCGGACACCCAGUUGCACCUACUACGGGCACCCCGAGACGGGCAACUACUGCUCCUACUGCUACCGGGAAGAGCUGAAGAAGAGGGAGACAGAACCAGCCAUCCACAGGUUCUGAGCGGACCUCGCCGUAGCUUGAAUUUCGUUGAGUGGCCUUUUUCAGUUAAAUUAGCGGCUGGGGGGCGGAUCAGCCUCGAAACGGACAAGAGAAAGUCAGCCAGCUCCCUCCCGCUCUCGUCGGCGUCACCUCCACGUCAGAGAGUGACGGAGUGUCGACUCGAUUACAGAAAGGGCAGGGUGGUGUCUGACUGCAUGGGUCACGUGUUAGACUAUAGAUUAAACUAACUGCACUUCUGUUAAAUUUUUGCUGUGGCUCUUAUGCAGGUGUGUGUGUGUGCGUGUGUGUGUGUGUGUGUGUGUGUGUGUGUGUGUGUGUGUGUGUGUGUGUGUGUGUGUGUGUGUGUGUGUGUGUGUGUGUGUGUGUGUGUGUGUGUGUGUGUGUGUGUGUGUGUGUGUGUGUGUGUGUGUGUGUGUGUGUGUGUGUGUGCGUGCGCGCGCGCGUUGCAGGCUCUCCUCCUUUAUCAGAGUUUAACGCCUCGCCGUUGUCUCCUCCUAGUGGAGAGAAUGUAUACGGCAGGCACCACACUCAUCAGCACACAGUGCAUGCACACACAAACACCCAAGUCAGACUCACACUUCCAAACACACAGUGAUGCAAGCACAAACAAAAGGCACAAGUGUCUCUGUUGUUAGUCCGUGAUAACGUUUGGAUCAGUGAAUUAAGGGACAUUUGAGCGUUUUGAAGUCCCAUCAUGUCGAGGUGUGAUUUCAGCGUUGUACACAUUUUACACUUCUGUUACUGGAUGCCUGCAUCACACGUACCUCGGGAAGCGGCAGAUGUAAUCCUUUCGGUCGGUCAACAUUUGCAUAAUGCAAAUUGCAUCUACAGUGCAAUGCUAACGAAUAAGCGUUCUGUGGGUUGCUGUGGUGCUAACGUUCCAGGUCACAAACACACAAAUGUCCAUGCGUUUAACACAACUGUCCAGCAAUUGUCCAUCGUUCAUCUUCCUGGCAAAACAAACUCAAACACGUUUUUCCAAUUCGUUUAUCCAUACAAUGGAUUUGGAAGAUGUCAAACCUCUGAAGAUAACGAGCAAACGUUCUCAUUAUAGACCAGGCAUUGUAGAACAAAGACGACACGGCAACAAAGCACAGUGGUGAGAUACUGAUCCCAGAACCUGAUCCAGAGUAUUUCACAUGUUUGUUGGAAUAUUUCUUAAUUUGGUCUUCCUGUUUCCGUAACAACGGAUGGUUGUUGAGGCAUUUUGAUUAUUGUGGCUGACGCUGCCUUGCAAUACUACACAAUACAAUGUCAAAAUGUCACAUCCAGCACAGAAGAUUUUGGAGACGCCUGUUAAUAUGGCGUUUCAAAUGAUGGUUGUUUAAGAUGCUACACAAUUCACUUUCUGGGACUUUGGACAGGUAAAAGGUUCUGUACAGCAAAUUAAAAGAAAGCUGCACUUGUCUCCAGCUACUGUUUGCAUGAUGCAAAGUGAUCCAUCUACUUUUGUUUGGAUUUUGGGUCCAACAAAUUCUGAAAUAACCAGAUCUGACUCUGAAAGUUUUUAAAUGACAAACACGCUCUGCUGCUUUGGAAAAUGUGUAAACAUCUUUCUGACUCAUUUAUCAUACAAAAGGUUUAACAAAAGUCACACACCCAUGUUUGGACAUCUUGGUCGCCCACUGCAAAUUUGAAAGUUCUACUGAAGGCAUUCAUCCCGCCGAAACCUAAUCUCUUUUUUGCACAAUUUCAAGCACUUUCCUGAUGUCCGUCGUUACAAUAUGUUUUUGCUGUUUAUGGAAGUGGCCUGACUGUCGUCCUGUGUUCACCUCUGCAGACACUGCCACCUCUGUUCAUGGGAAAUUUAGGACCUGAAGGUUUUUACUCUAAAGGAUUCAGUUACUGUAGAGCUACAGCAUUUUGGUGCCGGCGUCACCAUCUAACUCAAAAAAUUUCCUAGUGGCCUUUUUCAACAUUUUCUCCUUGUGGCAUCAUCAUUAUGUUUUACGUUGGAAAUGGAAAUCAAAUAUCCACUGCUUGCAGUUCUUACUACUACUGCCCCCUUAAAUUUAACACACUAACAUGGUUUUCAUUUCUGUUCUAGCUAUUUAAAAAUAAUGCCAUGAUUCCCAUUUCAGUUCUGCGUUAAAAGUAUCAAUUAGUUGAUACCAGCUGAUGUUCUGUUUUGAGUUUUCCUUGUUUUUUAGUUGUGCAAAUCUGGAAAUGACUACUUAAAUAAUUUUAUUUUUUAUUAUUUCCCUUACGGUUCCCUAUAAGCCACGGUGAGGAUUUUCUUUUGAGCUCGUUUGACGCUCUUGAUUUCUGUUCUCUGGCAUGAAGUCUAAUAGAAUAGCACAAUUUAGUAUGCAAUUCACUGCCUUGCCCAGUUGAGGGCGCCCUUGAUUUGUGUUUCUUUGAACUCAGUAUUUGGAGUUUGCCCUUGUGCCCUAAACACAAACUACAAACAGAAAUUACCAAAAUGUUGGGGGAGUACAUUUGUGUAGUGCCAGUUUAACACUCGAACACUACAUUAUUUUUUUUCCAAACCGUUACAGAUGCUGUUUAAUGACGGCGGGCGUCUUUUUUUCUUCUUUUUUUUGCCGUGCAUUUAAAGCAACACUAAAGUUCCAAUGAUCAUAAGACACUUCAAUCGCACCGCUUCCCAAGAAAACAUUUGCCGUGUUUUGUGUGUUGACGUGUUCAUGCACUAGCAUUCUAAUUCCCAUCAAACGUUCCCUUUCGAUGGGAAAGCGAUGCCUGUUUUUAGAAAAACGUGUACAUGUGCAUACCCUCCAAAGUAAUAAUUAGCUACCGAAACCAUUUUCUUAUUUCAUUUUAUUUUUGCUAUGAAAUGGAUGCCUCAGAACCAUGACAAAACAGCAAGACUCCACAGGCUACGCUUUUUUUGUAUUUAAGAUUUUAAAAAAAUCAAAGAGAGGUUGUAUAAAUAUGUUCCAUGUUAUUUUUGUAAGCCCAAAGUUUUACAGUGUUUUUAAAAAAUGGUAAGAAUGUAUAUUGUUGAAUACUUCAACAGGUAUGGACGAUGAGCUUGUAAAGAGCCUGGGUUUUGGGGCAGGACACUUGAAGGCGACUCCCAGACGAGCCUCUUGGAAUACUCGAGGCUCCCUCAUUGCAAACUAAUUUCCUUAAUGCUGACCUAACAAGAUACCAUUUGAGAAUUUAUAUUUAUAGUGAGAUUUUUUUUAAAUUAUAUAUAUAUAUAGGUUUCCUUGUGGAAUGUUUAGUAAAGGUGAUAUAGGAUGUUCUUUCUCACAUGGCUAAUUGUCCAGCAGUCUGGCUUUGUAUUUGUUGCUUUUUGAUUUGUACAUUUGGUUUACUUUUUCUUUUUUCUUUUUUUUCCUACAAACACAAAUCCAUGCUAUGCUCAAACAUGGCGGCGACGUUCUCGUUGACUCGGCUUGUUUUCCUCCGAAGCAGAGGAGAGAUGGCUCAGAAUGAGUUUUGCAACACAACUGAUCCAGUAUAUUUUUAUAUAUUGUAAAACACUGUCGUUUUUCUGUGGGAACAGAACGUUCAUCGCCGGUGACAUUGACAUGGAAUACUUCGAGUUGCAUGGGACUGGAACUGUUGCAUGUAAAUGGCAAAUCCAUUUUUACCAAAUUUGUGCAUUAUUUUGACUUGAUUUCUUUUUUCCUGGUAUUGUGAUCUGUUUUUGUUUUAUUUCAUUUUUGAAAAAAAUCUUUUUAAUGUUUUGUCUUUGAGAGGAGUGUCUCCUAAGGCUGUGUGACAGUGCAAUCUGGAUAGAAAGAACAUCAGAUUUUAUGUUAGGUUAUUAUUAUUAUUAUUAUUAUUAUUAUUAAUAUUUUUUGCACCGUUUGAAUAAAUUCUCAUUGUAUUUCAA